AUGAGACUGUCAAGCGGGAACCCUGUAUAUGAGAACUUUUACAGACAAGUGGACCCGGGAAACACCGGGAGGGUUGGACCUACCGAGGCUGCCUUGUUUUUGAAGAAAUCAGGCCUGCCUGACAUCACAUUAGGAAAGAUCUGGGAUUUAGCUGAUCCGGAUGGCAAAGGUUUCUUGGAUAAACAGGGAUUUUACGUAGCUCUGCGUCUCGUGGCCUGUGCGCAGAGUGGACACGACAUCAGCAUUUCCGGUCUACACCUCCCCGUUCCCUCUCCAAAAUUCAAGGACCACAGUAGCCCAUCACUGAGCUCUAUUACAUCAACCAAUGAGAGCCACUGGGCGGUGCGGCCUGAAGAGAAGAGCAAAUUUGAUGGUAUUUUUGAAAGUCUUGCUCCAGUGAAUGGAUUACUGUCCGGUGAGAAGGUCAAACCAGUUCUAAUAAACUCCAAACUUCCUGUGGAUGUGCUUGGAAAGGUGUGGGAUUUGAGUGACAUAGACAAAGACGGACACUUGGACAAAGAUGAGUUUGCAGUGGCUAUGCAUCUGGUGUACCGCGCUCUGGAGAAGGAGCCUGUGCCCUCAGUCCUGCCCUCCUCUCUCAUCCCUCCAUCCAAAAGGAAGAAGUCAUCAGGGUCCUUGUCCAGUAUGGUGCCAGUGUUACCAGGCAGCCCGCCGCCACCUAAAGACAGCCUGCGCUCGACCCCCUCUCACGGCAGCAUGAAUUCCCUGAACAGCGCCGGGAGUUUGUCCCCAAAACACACCAUUAAAUCCUCACAGCAUUCAGUAAACUGGGUGGUACCAGUCGCAGACAGAGGGCGCUAUGACGACAUCUUCCUCAAAACAGACACUGAUCUUGACGGCUUCGUCAGCGGCCAAGAAGUUAAAGAAAUCUUCAUGCAGUCCAGCCUUCCUCAGAAUUUCCUGGCGCAUAUUUGGGCUUUGGCGGACACCAGGCAAAUGGGCAAACUUACGCGCGAGCAGUUCUCCUUAGCCAUGCAUCUCAUUCAGCUGAAAGUCAGCAAAGGCAUGGAUCCUCCGCAAGCUCUGACUCCAGACAUGAUCCCACCGUCUGAACGUGGCACACCGGGACCUAGUCUGUCGGGUUAUAUGACACCAGUGGGCUCUGACAUAGCCGCACUGACCGAGAUGCGCCGGGCGAUAAUGUUCAAGUUAUGGGACAGCUCCAGCUCCGUGGGUUCAGGCGAGUUCACCGGGAUUAAAGAACUGGACGAAAUAAGCCAAGAGAUCUCUCAGCUGCAGAGCACUCUUGCUUUCACACACUGGGAUACACUCAGGGAGAAAUACACUUUGGAACAAGACAUCAGAGAAACAGAGGAAGCCAUCAGACACAAAACCACAGAGGUUCAGGAGAUGCAGAACGAUCUGGACCGAGAGACGUCCACCCUCCAGGAGCUUGAGGCGCAGAAGCAGGAUGCUCAGGACCGACUGGAGGAAAUGGACCAGCAGAAGGCAAAGCUGGAAGACAUGCUUAAUGACGUACGGCAGAAGUGCCAGGAAGAGUCGCAAAUGAUCUCAUCCCUACAGUCCCAGAUCCACUCGCAGGAGUCAGACCUGCAGAGCCAAGAGGAAGAGCUGGGCCGGGCCAAGGCUGACCUGAACCAUCUGCAGCAGGAGGAAGCUCAGCUAGAGCAGAGUCUACAAGCUGGCAGGAUUCAGCUAGAAACCAUCAUCAAGUCCCUCAAAGCCACACAGGAUGAGAUCAACCAGGCUCGGAGCAAACUCUCCCAGAUCCAGGACAGCCAACACGAGAUCAGUAAGAGCAUCGAGCAGUACAGCAGCACCCUGAACGGAACCCACGGGGGCAGCAUGACCAACCUGGCCGACAUGAGCGAAGGCUUUCCAGAGAAGGAGAACGGUGGUUUCGGGGUUAUGGAAGACCCUUUCAAGGUGAAAACCACUGUGUUCAACAGCACCCCGCAGGAGAUGCACACAGACCCCUUCCAGUCUGAAGACCCAUUUAAAACAGACCCAUUCAAAGGUGAUCCGUUCCAGAAUGACCCAUUCUCAAAGCAGACCUCCACAGUUGCAGAUCCUUUCGGAGGAGACCCUUUCAAAGAGACCGACCCGUUUAGGACCUCUUCUGAAGAUUUCUUCAAGAAACCCUCUAAGCCAGACCCCUUCAGCAACGCCGAUCCUUUUAGCAAAAGUGCCACACUUCCCUCAAAGAGUCAUAAUUUUUCAAGUAAUGACCCCUUCAGCUCCACCAGCCCCAAACCGAAAGGCCAAGAUUUCUUUGGUACUUUGGACCCAUUCGGAAGCAGUUCGUUCGGCAGCAACAGCGGAUUUGCAGACUUCAGCCAAAUGUCAAAGGGCUUUGUAGACGACCCCUUCAGCCGAAAACAAGACAUGCCAGCUCUCCCGCCCAAGAAAAGCAUACCGCCACGACCCAAACCACCCAGCGGUAAAAGCACUCCUGUAAAUGUGCCCGGAUCCGCCGAUUCGGACAAGACGAGCGAUCCCUUCCAGCCCUUUAGUGCCGACCCCGCUGAUCCGUUUCAGAGUAAAAAGGGGGUGGGAGACCCAUUUAGUGGCAAAGACCCAUUUGCUCCAUCUGCCUCAAGUAAAGCCUCUAAAGACUCUUCAUUGGGUUUUGCAGACUUCAGCUCUUUUGGGAAUGAAGCCCAGCAGAUGGAGUGGGCGAAGCGGGAAAGCGAGAGAGCAGAACGAGAGCGGCUGAAGAGACUCCGCCAGCAGGAGCAGGAAGACCUGGAACUGGCCAUCGCUCUCAGCAAGGCCGAGAUGUCCAACGCCUGACCACCUUCCCCUCAGAUCCACCCUUCUGUACACUAUAGCGACGAUUGUGUGCGUGCGUGAUGGACCAAGAUAAAACACAUGCAAGACCGUUAAACCUCUGUCCUUUUGUGUUCAUGUGCAGGAGGGCGGCCUAUGGUUUGUGAAUCAGCUAAUUCACUUCACAUGCACUGCAUUAACCUCUCAGAUGGACUAUAUAGUUUAUUUAAAGUGUAUUUGUGUGUGUAAAUGUGCAUCAUCAGAGCCAUGGACAUUUGAAGACCGUUAUCGGUCUCUGCAAUUCAUUAUCUCCAAUGGUUGGGAAAAAAGGGACUGAGAAACUGCUAAGAAAGUUGCGUUUAGAUGCCAGGUAGGGUCGAACCAGAAACUUGAAUUAAUGACGCUACACUCCCUCCCUUGAGCGAGGCACUUAAUUCCAGGUUUCUUCCUGAAUUCAAUUGAUGUAAACGUACUGUGAGUCGAUUUGGAUAAAGAGCAUCUGCUAAAUAAUAACUUUUACUGGCUCUGGCUGUAGUCAGUAUGGUACACACUGGAAUUACAGCAGCGCCUGCAGACUAAAUGUCUGAAAGGAGCUCUUGACGUGACAUAAAGCUGAACAAAUGGCAUUGUGGUUCUGGAAGUGUCGUUUGAUUCAGAAGUGAACUUGUUUUUUUUUUAUUUCACAGUACUGUUCAGAGAAGAAGGUUAAGCAAAGCUUCUACAACUGCACUGAUUUGUUUUAAUUUUUAUUUUUUCCCAUGUUAAAAGGCUCAACUGGUUGACACCACUGCAGGACUCAACAGUAAGGAUUUUUUUUCUGGCCCCAUUUUAUUUGCUAGAAAUAUUUUCUU